CGAUGCCACCCAAUAGCUAUCCCACGGACACCACGGGCGUGCUCUUCGAGGGCGAUACCGCCGCGGCAACGGUUCUGAAGAAGAUACCCGAUCCGAACCACAAGUUGGAGCUCUUGUGGCUGAACAUCACCCUGUUCACGAUCCUACAUGUGUCCUCGCUGUACGGCGUGUGGCUGCUCUUCACCGCCGCCAAGUGGCAGACAGUGGUGCUAUUCCCCGCGGCACUGGUGCUCACCAUUCUGGGGAUAUCCGGAGGAGCCCAUCGCCUGUGGGCGCAUCGCACGUUCAAGGCCAACACGCCGCUGAGGCUGAUCUUCAUGUUCCUCAACACGCUGGCCUUCCAGGACGCCGUCUACUACUGGGCCCGCGACCACCGCCUGCACCACAAGUACUCGGAGACGGACGCCGAUCCCUACAACUCGCAGCGCGGCUGGUUCUUCGCCCACAUCGGCUGGCUGUGCUGCAAGAAGCAUCCGGAUGUGACGAUCAAGGGCAGGGAUAUCGAUCUCUCGGACCUGCGCAACGACAAGCUGGUGAUGUUCCAGAAGAAGCACUACCUGAUCCUCAUGCCGCUCAUCUGCUUCGUGCUGCCCACCGUCGUGCCGAUGUACUACUGGGGCGAGUCCCUGAUCUGCUCGUGGUCGUGCUUCACCCUCCUCCGGUGGUGCGCCAGCCUCAAUAUCGUGUGGCUGGUGAACAGCUCCGCCCACAUGUACGGCAAGCGGCCGUACGACAAGAACAUCUCCCCCACGGACGAGGCAUUCCUCAUCUGGUUCCGCGUGGGCGAGGGCUACCACAACUACCACCACGUCUUCCCCUGGGACUACAAGAGCGCCGAGCUGGGGAAGUAUUCGCGCGAUGCCACCACAUACUUUAUCGACUUUUUCGCCCGCAUUGGCUGGGCCUACGACCUGAAGAGCGUCUCCACGGAGAUGCUCCGCCAAAGGAUCAAGCGCACUGGCGAUGGCAGCCACCCCGUGUGGGGAUGGGGCGACAAGGACCAGCCGCAGGAGGACAUUGCCGACACCACCAUCACACACAGGCUCAAGGUCAAUGCCAGUUGAACCGCUAACCAUUAAUAUUGGCAAAUAUUUUUCUUUUUUUUUUACUCUUCUUAAAUAAACUAAAUACAACUACAAAUAAAGGUAAGACGCACCGGUCA